ACAAGGUACAGACGGAUCCUCAGCUGCAGCUCCAGAGGGACUGAGAGACUCCAGAAAUGAAGACCCGUUUAUCCUCAGAAUCAGAGAGAAGGAGGCUACAGGAGAGCAGCAGUGGAUUGUGGGAUUCACUGAAGAAAGCAGCGUUUGUUAUUGGAUCAGCUCUCUUCCUCCUGGUGGCCUUCAGGAACUCAGUAACAUGGCAUCUGCAGAGGUUCUGGGGAGCGUCUGGUGAUUUUUGGCAGACUCAGUGGACUAAAGUGUACAGAGCGUUUGAUGGCAAUGAGCCGGUUCUGUUCUUCACUGGAACCAUGCUGGUACCGACCAUUUGCUUCUGGGUGUUUAACGGAUUCCUGAUAAUCGCUGAUAUGACGGGAAAACCCAAUUUCAUCACGCGAUACCGAAUCCAGCAGGACAAAAACAACCCGGUGGAGGGCGAGCGUUUGUGGCGGGCGGUGAAGGUGGUGGCCUGUAACCAGCUCUUCCUGUCUGUGCCCCUGGUGGUGAUCACCUACACUGUGAUGUCAUGGCGUGGUGAACCCUGCGCUCCUGAACUUCCCACCUUCCACUGGGUUCUACUGGAACUAGCUUUCUGUGGCCUGCUGGAGGAAGUUCUCUUCUACUACUCUCACAGGUUGUUCCACCAUCCGUUCUUUUACAAAAGCAUCCAUAAGAUCCAUCACGAGUGGACGGCACCUAUCGGACUGGUGUCUCUAUACGCCCAUCCUGUGGAACAUGUGUUCUCCAACAUGAUGCCGGCGCUGAUGGGUCCGGUUCUGUUGGGUUCUCACGUCUCCACCACGUCUCUGUGGUUCACUGUGGCCCUGAUCGUCACCUCCAUCUCUCACUGUGGGUACCACCUGCCCCUCCUGCCCUCGCCCGAAUUCCACGACUUCCAUCACCUCAAGUUUAAUCAGUGUUAUGGAGUUUUGGGUGUUUUGGAUAGACUGCACGGUACUGAUGAUAAAUUCCGUAAAACCAAAGCUUAUGAGCGACACAUCCUGCUGCUGAGCCUCACACCCCUCACAGAGAGCAUCCCCGAUACACCCAAAAAACAGGAGUGACCCCCCGGCACGCCCAGUACACAGGGCUGAUCCCUGCUGAUGUCUGGAUUUAAUGCUUUUAUUGAUUAUUAAUACUCGUAAUGAUUCUUAUAAAUGAAAUGGGUUUGUUGUGUUUCUGAUGUUUCCUCGUUAACGUCCUUUAAUCAUUCUGCACCAGUCUGAGCUUCCUGUACAGUUCUGUCCUCUUGCUAACUCCUUAGCAUGCUAAUUAGCUUAAGUUAGCUGGAUUGUUAAUUAUGUAAGUAAUGUAAAGAAGUGAAGAUGAAUUUAAUGUAUAGGUAAAGAUGAGGUUUAUUACUGUUAAAUGAGUUUAAUAAAUAAAAGCUAUUUUUGGAAUAUUAAA